AGGAUUGCCUUUUUUGGAUUUCCUUCUUUUAAGCAAUAUAUCAUGAAUAAUAUUCGUUGAAAAAUAUUUAUUCAGAGCUAUUUUUGAAACUAGCCUCAUUCUGUGGGAGAAGGUUACACCCAUUGGGUUUCUUUCAAGGCCAAAUUCUUGGAAUUAAAAAGGGGGGGGGAGAGAAAAUAAAUCCAACUUCAGUUUUCUUUCUUUAAUGCGCAGGAAAAAGCCGGAGCUGGAUUUCCAGUUCAUUUGCUUGCCACUGUUAGUCCUUAUGUCUUUUAAAAAAUAACUCUCUCAACGUUGUAAUCAAGGGAUUAAAAAAAAAACUAGGACAACAAGGAAGAGGCGAGGAAGCAGGAUCCCACCCCUCUCCUGCAGCCGCCCGUUCGGCGCCCGCUCGCCCGCCCAGACUCAGCAACAGUUGAGUUCUGGAAUUAGAACGAUCGGGAUGUAGGCGCGGGAAUAGGAAGCAGCCGCGAGCCACGGUGCGGCCCGCUGCGAUGGGCACAGGCAGCAGCAGAGCGGGGAAAGCGCGCAGCCCUGCGAGGCACUGGAGAGGCCCUGGGCGGGGCAGCGGGAGCAGCAGCGCCCCCGCCAGGCAGGGCCACGCAGAAGAAGAGGCAGAGGCGGCGGCCAGAUGCUGCAGCCAAACGCCCACGCACACCACUUCGCCGUCGCUGGGGGAGUCCGAUUCGGACUCGGAGCUCCUGGACCAAGUGCUGGAGGAGUGUGACGACGAAGGGCUCUUGCAGCUGCCUCGUCGCCGUCCCCUGUGCCUUGACGCUGGGGACUUCUGCUCCCGUCCGGCAGGGGGCAGCGUUGUGGAUGGCGGGAUCCACCGGGACCAGCAGGUCUUUUUAGCAAGAUCCGCUCCAGGUCUAGAGAGCAACAACUUUGCCAACCAGUGGAUUGUAAAUAUUCUGAAGACCGCUGAGCCAAGUGAGUGGGCCUGUGAGCAGCUGACACUCAGCCUAGGAUGGAGGCUCCCACUCAAGCCUGAGAGGCAAGCCAAGAUAUCCUAUGAUUACUCUGAAGAGGAGCUGAUGGCAACAAUUGAGCAGGAAUACUGUCGCUGAAGAUGGUUGUGAGCUCUACCAACUGUGACCUGUGAACAAGCUCACUAAGGGGUGACUUAGUUAAAACUGCAGCAUUUCUCCAAAGGGUGUUUAUUCCAGAGUGGGGUGGGGUGGGGGUGGGUGGAAAAGCAAGAGCAAAGAAGAGGGACUGCCACUGCUUAAGGUGGCUGGCGGAAUCCUCAUUUUUUGAAACAGUCUGGCCCAAAGGAGACGCUGCAGCAGAGCUCUCUCUGCCAUGAUGUCAGAAAGCGGCCAUUGCGGGGAAAUAGGGAUUCACUGAGUUCAUUUGAUAAAACAGGUUUCCAAAGUGUGCAUGCACACGCACACACAAGUUUUCCUGGCACCUUAAACGUUUUGCUUUGUGGAAGCACCAUCACCUUUGUCCUCAAAACUCUUAGGAGAUGUGCAGCAAAGAACUUCAGUGCUUGCUUUGGACUAGCUACACUUUGCUUUUGCUUUCCUGUGGGCCAGCUUUGAUCCUUUCUAACCAUAAACACUAAACUGCAUAUUAUAAAAAUAUAUCUCCCCAGCAGAUAUUUACUUCUUUGUAGUUAUAAAGCAUCCUUGAUAUAUGGAAUGUAUCAACAGGGAAUGAAUCAACCCUCCAUCCGUACUACGUGCAGGUUCGUAUGGGAGUGUACCAUGGUCCUGCCUGGGAGCUGUAAUUCCCAACGGGAAAUGUCCUAGGGAGAGGCAGGCAUACUUUUCCCCACUCAGGAUACCCCGUGAUCAUUUUAGAAAAAGCCCAACAGGGCAAGCUCUAUUGGUCCCUUGCAGAGACCAGCACAGGCGAAAUAUCUCCUAUACAGACAUAGCUGAAAUGUUAAUAAUGUCCAUUGGAUGCUGUUGGACUGCCAACAACUUGCAGGUGCUCCACCUUCCACAUGCAAACUGAAGGCAUCUCCUGCUCCCCUGCCCCAAGACCUCUGUAAACUUGCAGUGACCUUCAUGUGUGGCAGUCUGCACUGGACGUGGUGGUCGGAUCUGGAAAACAGGAGAGUUAUGUGCCAUGUCCAGCUUGUGGCCCUACCUGGAUUGAACAUGGCUCAAUAGCUUCCUGCGAUUGUGGCCUUGUGGGUGGGUGGGUGGGGGAACGCUGCUGCCAUAAUGGCAAUUGUUGUCACAACAAUUGUUGCCAUCCAGUGGAUUUCAGCAUUUUGUCACCCAAGUGUGCCCUUGUGUGUUACCAAGAACACUCUGGUCUCGUAUAGGGGAAAAGUGACUAUGUGAGCCGCCUCUUAGUACAGGGAUGGGGAGCCCAUGGACCUCAGGAUGCCGUUAGGACUAUGGCUCCUAUCAUCCUUGACCAUUGGUUAUGCUGGCUGGAGCUGAUGGGAGUUAGAGUCCAGGAGCUGAUGGGAGUUAGAGUUCCUCCUUCAUCUGGAGGAACAGAGGUUUCCCUCACCCUUCACGUUUGUUGCAGACAAGACAGCCUCCUUGCAACAAGGCUGAGCAUUAUUAAGGUGGAAUAGCUUUCAAAUCAUUGCUUGGCUGUUAGCAUUGGAGCAAAAUAACAAGUAAGAAAAGGAUAUUUUCAUUUAGCACAAAACUCUAAAAGGAAACAGAACAGCAUCUGGAGUUGUGCAGAAUUCCAGUACUUUACUGACACCACAACAUGAUGAUCUCUACUUUUGGUGUCUUCUAUCUCUGUCUUCUACUGGUGCUAGACAUAGGUCUUGUAGGCCUUUACUGUUAAAAUUAGAAGAAAAAUGUACUUGUGGUCAACAGCACAUGCGCUGGAGGAAAUUGGAAAGGGUUAGGCAAACUUAAAACACAAAUGUUAAUGGAAAUAUUAGCAUAUCGCUGAAACGGUAUAUUCAGAAAGUAGCCCCCCACUCAUACAGCAAGUGCCAUGGGCUAGAUUUUAACUUUGGAUGAUACCUGCACAUCCACACUUUUUUACAAAUAUAUACCCAUUAUGCAGAUUUAAUUUUUAAAAGGUUAAGUGUCUGAUGUUUAAGAAACUACAUUGGGUGGAUGUGUCACUCUUGGGGGAAAAUGUAGGAUUGCCAAACAUUCAAGGAUUGCCCUGCAGUAUUCAGGAAAUGACUUGGAAUAUAUAUAUAUUCAGACAUAUUGGGAUGCAAAUAUCCUUUUUUAUUUAGUCUGUGUUUUCAUAUAUGAAAUUAAGACUGAUAGAAUCACAUAUGCUGUUUUGAAAACAUGCCUACUCAAGUCAAGUGCUAGGUGGAUUUCUCCAGUAAUUCCCCAGGAACUGUUUCCUUUAGAAUGGAAAUCACGUUCCAGAUGCCAGUCAACUGCAAACAAACUUCCCUUGCCUAAAAACACACUCUUUCAUCCCUCUAAAUAGGGAUCCAUUCCUCUAAAUAUCACCCUGCAAGUUAAACCCCUUCGUUUCAAGCAUCCCUUUGAAAGAAAUUACAGCGGCUAUGAGAAAGUGUCAGAUUUCUGCCCAUUCUCAGGGAACUGCUGUUCUUCAUAUUAUCAAGAUGUAUUUUAAUCCUACUCUAGCAACUGGCUAUAUUCUAGAACAAUCUCACCAAAGUACCAAUAACGUACAGCAAUAGACAGUUUAAUAGUAUCAUUUGCCUUUUCAUUUCUUCAUGAGUUGCCUAUUUUCCUUGAUGUUUUUGUAUCUCUGUAUAUCAGGAAUAACCUUUUUGGCAAUAUGAUUGCUGUGUAAGAGUGGCUAUGGGGGAAGUUGGAGACCUGGCUGAAUGGUGUACCCACUCCAUGCCCUCCUUAGCAAGUAACUCCUAACUGUGAAAAUGUUUAUAUAAUGCAAAGCUGCUGGGACAACUGAACAAAACCUGAGGCAUGCCCCAAGGUUAGAUAUUUUCUUGAAAUACAUCAGACUCUUUGUAAAAGGGGCAGAAUAAAUUUCAGGUGAGCAGAGUGGUGGAUGGUACCACCUUGAUCCAGUGCUAACCCUAUAGGGUAAUCUGGUAUCACUGGUAGUCCUGUCCUGCUUCUCUCUUUGCUUGCCACCACCUGUGUGUCUGUCACCUAGGGCAAAGGAUGCGGGCUUCCCACUGCCCUUUUAGUGGUCUGCUCAGGAAUAAGAAAACAGGCAGCUGAAUUCCAAGUCUCUUACUUGACAACUUCAAGCAGUCUUGAUCCCCCAAACAUUUUAACAACCCAAAUGGUCUAGCAAAGAGGGGGGGGACACCUUGAGUAUGUCCGGAAAUCAGUACAGCGCAGCAAUCCAAUUAAGCAGUUUAUUCAAAAGGAGUAUAUAUUAUUAUUAUUAUUAUUAUUAUUAUUAUUAUUAUUUCUUAAACUUAUAUACCGCCCGACUAGCAAUAGCUCUCUGGGCGGUUAACAUAAAAUACAAUAAAAUUACAGAAUCUGAUACAACAAGCAUAUAAAAACUACACAAUCUAAAACCAAGUUACAAACAUUUAACUAAGAUUAAAAUGCCUCAGAGAAGAGAAAGGUUUUAACUUGGCGCCAAAAAGAUGAUAGUGUCGGCGCCAAGCGUACCUCCUCGGGGAGACUGUUCCACAAUUCGGGGGCCACCACUGAGAAGGCCCUAGAUCUCGUCACCACCCUCUGGGCCUCCCUAUGCGUUGGGACCCAGAGGAGGGCCUUCGUAGUAGACCGUAGUGUACGAGCCGGUUCGUAUCGGGAGAGGCGUUCCGACAGAUAUCGUGGUCCCGCGCCGUAUAAGGCUUUAUAGGUUAACACCAACACUUUGAAUCUGGCCCGGAAGCGUAUUGGAAGCCAGUGCAGGCGAGCCAGCACAGGUGUUAUAUGCUCAGACCGCUUAGUUCUUGUUAGCAGUCUGGCCGCCGCAUUUUGCACUAGCUGUAGCUUCCGAACCGUCUUCAAAGGUAGCCCUACGUAAAGCGUGUUGCAGUAGUCCAAACGCGAGGUUACCAGAACAUGUACUACUGAUGUAAGGUCCUCCUUACUCAGGUAGGGACGUAGCUGGGCUACCAACCGAAGUUGGUAGAACGCAUUCCGUGCCACCGAGGCUACAUGAGCCUCAAGUGACAGGGAAGAGUCUAAAAUGACUCCCAGACUACGAACCUGUUCCUUUAGGGGGAGUGUAACCCCGUCCAGGACAGGGUAUAUAUCCACCAUCUGAUCGGAGAAACCAUCCACCAACAGCAUCUCAAUCUUAUCAGGAUUGAGUCUCAGCUUGUUAGUUCUCAUCCAGUCCAUUGUCGUGGCCAGGCAACGGUUCAGCACAUCGACCGCCUCACCUGAAGAAGAUGAAAAGGAGAAGUAGAGCUGCGUGUCAUCAGCGUACUGAUGACAACGCACUCCAAAACUCCUGAUGACCGCACCCAACAGCUUCAUAUAGAUGUUAAAGAGCAUGGGAGACAAAACCGAACCCUGCGGGACCCCACAUUGGAGAACCCAUGGUGUCGAGCAAUGUUCCCCAAGCACUAUCUUCUGGAGAUGGCCCGCCAAGUAGGAGCGGAACCACUGCAAAGCAGUUCCUCCAACUCCCAACUCUGCAAGCCUCUCCAGAAGGAUACCAUGGUCGAUGGUAUCAAAAGCCGCUGAGAUAUCAAGGAGAAUCAACAGAGUUACACUCCCUCUGUCUCUCUCCCGACAUAGGUCAUCAAACAGGGCGUCCAAGGCUGUCUCAGUGCCAAAACCAGGCCUGAAGCCCGAUUGAAAUGGAUCUAGGGAAAGGGGGAGAAACGGUGAAUAUGCAUGAAAAUAAAACCAGAAUAUGGUUCUCUGUGUUCCUACGCUAGGCAAGCUAGCAUAGUGAAACGUAUUCGCAACAGUCAGCUCUACAGUCCGCAGUUUCUGGCAUCAGUUGCAGGAUGAGGGGGGACAAGAGGGACCCUGUCAAUAUUGACGGUCUUUUGUGCCCAGCCAAUUGCAGAACCACCACUUACUUCAGAGAAGAGACCUUGACACCUUUGGGAAAGUGGGAGAUGGGAUGGGAUGAAAGCGUUAGCAACCAUGCCUCUGUUUGGGAAAUGGGAACUUGGCAGGAACAACAUAACCUCUCCGCCUGUCAUGAUGCAGGCCUAGGGCCACUGGGAGUCAUUCAAAAGGACAGGCUGAGGGAAGGCACAGCCACAACACAAGCAGGUACUCAUCCCCAUUUUGCUUAAUGUCCAGGACAACUUUGGCCUGACAAAUGAUGAUGAUCACAUGUGCACUCACUCUUCUGAAAACACCAGUCACUUUUUCAGUUUUAAAUAUGGCUUCACUGCUCAGUAGCACGGUCAGCUGUGAUGGUGUGUGCAGUUCUGCUCUGUUGCAUUGUGUCCGUUAAGACUCAUGAAUAAAAUUGCACAGAGGUUUGUGUCUGAUUAUGCUUCUUAGCCCCACCACUUCAUUUGUGCUAUUUUAAGGUAAGAGAAAGCAAGAGAGUUUUUCCCUAACUUUUCUCACUUGCUCUGUCAGGCUCUUAAGCUACAGUUUGAAAACAUCCUAUAGGCCUGGGAUGGAGAGCCUGUGAUCCUCCAGACGUUAUUGGACCUCCAAGUCCUGUCAGCCCCAGACAGCUCAGACAAUUGUCAGGGAUAGGGUUGCCAGUUCUCUAGGUUUUGCCCGGAGACUCCGGUUUUGGGGGAUCCUCUCCAGGUGAGUCACCUUAAUCACUGGACACUUAGCUUUCAUUUUUUUUAAAAAAUUCCACCCUGCAACUUCUGUUAGUACCAGCUUCUCUAAUCCUUGCCCUUUCAGGUUUUUAGCCAAUAAGUGAAGUCGGGGUUGUGAUUGACAAGAUUUAUUGACCCCCAGGCAAUUGCUAAACCCACAGUUUCCUGCUUGUCUCACAUCAGGAAUAUAUAGCUUUCAGCAAAUUCUUCUGUACAGGAUUGGGACUUGCUUCAGAGUAUACAUACACAGGAUUGCACUACAACAGAAGAUCACAGCAGGAUCUUAGUAGGCAUAAAAGUGUACAUGCAGGGUUUUUUAAUUCCUUGCAAAAAUGGCAUAUUAUACAUUUUAUCUUUCAAAUAAUUUUGAAUAGAAGUUUUAAAAAGUGUACAUGCUGCAGUGUUAUACUUUUCUAAUUAAGGAGUCAAACAACUUUAAAUUUUACUGGACUGUUGAAGAGGGCAGUUUAUUUGUCUUAUUCAUCAUCUGUUUUGAAAACCUUCUCAAUAUGAAGCUUUUCUGGAAGUAACUGCAAUGCUAAUCCCACAUACCUGGGAGCUAAUCUCAUUGCAUUCAGUAGGACUUACUUUUGAGUAGACAUGGUUAGGAUUGUGCUGAAGAUCAGUGGAACUUUUGAGUAAACAUAGAAAAGGAUUGCGUUGUAAAUCUCUCCCCCUCCAAUCCUUUUUUUUUAUGCAGUUAGGCCUGGUGACUUAGGUGUCACUGCUUUUAUUUGGAAGAAAACUAAUACUUAUUUUUUUAAAAAAAUAUUCUGCAAUGGCCAACUGGUUUUGACAAUAAACUAUUAUAUGGGGUCUAUGUAUUUUUACAUCUCAGGGUGUGUCUAUAUGGAAUAUUUCCAACAACCCUGUGAGGUACAAUUGGAAACCAAGGCAGCUCACAACAAUAAAGCCAUUUAAAAGCCAAUAACCAUAAAACAAGUAUAAAACAGUUGCAAAACAGCAUAAUGUGGCAUGAUUCUGAAUCUUGGAUUGGGUGAGUGAACUUCUUUAUCACUGAACUGCAGUUCUGUGCAUGCUUCCCUGUCUGAAUAAGCCCCAUUGAAUACAUUGGGACUUGCUUCUGAGUAAACAUAUAUCUUCACAGGUUGUGUAAAUAAUAAACAUCUUUGACAUUCAUGCUUAUAUAAGUAUUUCUUCAUA